UUUUCAGUUUAGCGCAUCAGUUUGUUGUUACUGUUUUUCCAUUAAUUUUUGACUCAACUGAAUGGAAUUAACAUUGAAUUAAAUAAGAAAUCGUUCUUGAGUGAAAAUCGCGUUAUGUUAAUCUCAAGAUCGCAAAAUGUCCUAUCAAAAAUUCAAAACAUAACCUAUCUGCCUUUUAAACAUUGCAACCUUUCCUUGCGUCAUAAUACUUUGAGAACUUUUAUUUUAAAAUGACAUCAGUCAGUAAUCUUUGUAAAGUAUGUUCAAACAAAGCAGAUGAAUAUCAUAAUCCAGCUCUUCGCUGUCAAGGAAAAUGUCAACAAAUCAUUCACAUUAAAUGUUUGAAAAGAGGUACAUUGCCUACUACUCUUUUAGGAGACGUAUUUUUUGAUCUUCACUGUACAGAAUGUUCAGAUUCUCAUGAAGAAGUGCUUGUAAGACAGAAAAUGUCAUGGCUCGCAGCAAUUAUACUAGUUAUGUACAAUAUACGAGCCAAGUCCAAUGGUUUAAGUUUCAGAGAAUACUUUCACUGGCGAUCAGAUUUAACUUUUUUUAUCGAUACUAACUGGGAUUUGUUGUUUACUAAAUCAGUGAAAAAAAAGAAAAACUGGAUUGGAACAAUAUCCGGUACAUUAUCACAUUACACUGGAGUAUUUUUUCAAUCAGGAACAGCUGAGCUUGAACAACAAGGAUGGUGGAAAUUAAUUGAUAAAGAACCUCCUGAAGUAUUAAUGAAAAGAUAUUAUAAGAUGUUGGAAUUGAAAAAGCAACAAGCUAAAACUAAAAAUAAAAAUAUGAAUAUUUCAAAUCUUAAUAUUGAAAAUGAAAAUAAUAGUAGCAUUGAUUAUUUUAGCCAGAAGGUCAAAACUGUGUUCAAUAACGAAUCAACUUCAAAUACUUUGAAACCUUGUGUUUCUCAACCUACUUCUACUGAGGAAGAUCUUGAAGAUGAUUUAGAUUUGGAUAUAACAUGUCCUGAAGAUGACAUUGUACCAUUUAAUUUAACUAGCAAUUCUGGAGUUGAUACUUUAUCAUUUAAAGUUUGUGAUGAAAUUCUCGAUACUUGCAUAAAUCAUUUUCCCAUGGAUACAACAAUGAAGGUUGAAGAGGGUAAUAUUUCAUCUGAGGAAAUUGAUAUUUUUAAUGAGCCUUUCCCAGAGAACAAUAAAGAAAAUAUCUUGAAGCAAAAUAUCUAUCAAAAAUCUACUAACUUUGGAGAUAAUUAUGAAAGUAGUAAAAGUUAUGAUCUACCUUCACCAAAACCAUCCUUAUUCAACCUCUCAGUUUCAAGGCCAUGGCCAUGGGAUGAAUCAUUAAAAUUUAAUCCAGAACAAGUUAAACCUAUUAUGAGUGAACGAGAGGAAGAAUAUCUGUUACAAAAAAUUGAUCAAUAUAAAGAUUUGCUUGACUCAGCCCCAUCUUCUGUAAGAAGGCUUUAUCGUAAACUUGUUGUUAGAAAACGCAAACGACAAUAUGGACUGCCAAUUUUAAAUGUUGAUACAUUGAGAAAGGAUCAAAAACAAAGAGUACUCUUUCAAAAAAAAGGCAAUGAUGUUCUUGAUAGAUUUAUUUCAGAGGAUAUAAGCAUUUUCUUUGAGCAAAGACUGCAAGGAUAUUGUGAAGCAACUUCUGUGCACAGUCCAUACACAAAUAGGCUAUUGAAACCAUUUAUUAGAAGAGAUACAUCUAGUUGUCCAUUAUGGUUAAGAGUUACAAAUGAAUUAUUAACUAAAGUCAAUAGCAAGAAUCCUGAAUGGAAAUUACCAGCUCUUGCUCCAAUAGAUUAUUCUUAUAUUAGGCCUCAACAUAUUCCAGCAAUAAAUAGCCUCUGCACUCAAUUCUUUUGGCCAGGAGUGGAUUUGACAGAAUGCCUUCAAUAUCCAGACUUUACGUGUAUAGUUUUGUACAAAAAACUUGUCGUUGCAUUUGCAAUAAUGGUACCAGAUGUUGGAUUUAAUGAAGCUUACAUUUCAUUUUUCUUUGUACGACCUGAGUGGAGAAAAGCUGGAAUUGGAACAUUUAUGCUUUAUCAUCUUAUUCAAACAUGCAUGGGUAAAGAUAUUACUCUGCAUGUUUCUGCAACAAACCCUGCCCUCAUUUUAUAUCAAAAAUUUGGAUUUAAGCAAGAAGAAUUCAUACAAGAUUUUUAUGACAAGUACAUACUUCCAUCUUCCAAAGAAAGCAAGCAUGCUUUAUUUUUAAGACUGAGUAGAUAACAAAUAUGAUUAGAUUAUUUUUAAUUUUAUUAAAUUUGUAAUAAAACUGUUGUUAUAACUAUCAGAGUUCAGUUUUGAUGCCAAAGUACCUAUUUUUAAUGGUUUCAAUGCCAUGUCUCACAUCCAAGUUUAUUAUAUUGAGAUCUGUGAAACAUAUUUAAUUACGAAUUUAAAAUGCGUUAUUAAAUAAAUAACCAUUUAUUAAAUGUUUUCACGUGUUUAGAAGAUAAAAAAUUAAUUAGAGUACGACUCUAUUAAGUAAAUCAGAAAAAGUUAAGAUGUGAAUUAAAAAGCCUGUCAUCAAGCCUUAAUCACUCAUCACCUAAUCACCAACGUAAAUAAUCAAGUACUUCCGUCAUUUUCACAACAUUAGUGAAUGUGAAAAGUUGACACCCGGUAUACAUAAAUAAACAAAGUAAAAAGUAAACUAUAUUCAAUAAUGUCUAUACAUGUACGAAAGAUCAAUGCCGACUUAACUGAGCGUUAACGAAUUAGCUUUAUACACAAGUAGAAAGGGAAAUUGUAACGCGAUGCUAAUAAAGGGAAAAAUAACAAUGAGUGAUAAGAUAUACGAGUUUACCGAAACAACGCAUCGCGAAUGUUCUUCCAUCUAGAAAAUAUAUUUACUCCUUUUUUUAUGUCACCCGUUAUACACAUUCGUUUGUAUCGUGACGUAAACAAACGUGUGACAAUUGGCCAACUUCAGGCCAUACGAUUAUUAAACUGUAUAUUUCCGCAAUAACAAUGACUUCGUCGCUUUCAUCGUUAAUAACAAAGAUUAUUCGGUUUACAGAAGAAUAAUGGGAUUGACAAUUGACGAAAAACCAUGGUAAAAAUCUCGUUGAAGAAGUAGAAAGCGAUGUUAAACGCAAACGGAGCUGCACAUCUCGGUUAGAAAGUUCAAU